UUUUUAACCAGAAGCAUAUCAAAGUGUUUAAACCUCUCCAAGUUUGAUUUGGUAAGAAGAGACUAAAAAGGGAAAGCAUAUUUAACCUCCGCCAUGAAUGCUGCUUUGCUUCCUUCACACCCAUCCAACUCUCCUUUUUAAGCCCCCCUCAUUCAAUUACUGAUCUACCAAGCAAACCCCAAAACCCAAUACGGCAGUUUUUAUUUGACCCCAUAUUGGCUUUGAAUGAAUGCCACUACCCAAGUCCCAAAAUCUGAGCCUGAGUACUCAAUGUCUAAGGACCCAUCUGAGCCUGACCUUGAAGCCAUGCCAUUCACUGAAGCUUUCAAGAAGUUCAAGCGGUUGAAGCUGUUUGAGCCCUCUUUGGGGGUCCUGGGAUUCUUCUUUGUGUCUGUGUGUGUGAUUCUGUGCUUCUUUUACUUGGAUUACAGAGCUGUUGCUAAGGGGUUUCGGUUCUCCGGUCAGUCGGAGCGGUUCACGUGGUUGCAGAGCAAUGAGUCUAGCAAGGAUGUCAGGGUUGAGUUUCUUGCGGAGGAGGGAGGUGUUUGUGACGUGUUUGAUGGGGAUUGGGUGUGGGAUGAGUCGUACCCUUUGUAUCAGUCCAAUGGAUGCCCCUUUUUGGAUGAUGGCUUUAGGUGUAGUGAGAAUGGCCGUCCUGAUUUGUUUUACACAAAGUGGAGAUGGCAGCCCAGAAAUUGCAACUUGCCCAGAUUUGAUGCAAAGUUGAUGCUGGAAAAACUGCGGGACAAGCGAGUAGUGUUUGUUGGUGAUUCCAUUGGACGAAACCAGUGGGAAUCAUUCCUAUGCAUGCUGUCUUCGGCAGUUCCUAAUAAGGAUUCAAUCUAUGAAGUGAAUGGCAACCCAAUUACCAAGCACAAGGGGUUUUUGGUGUUCAAAUUUAAGGACUAUAACUGCACUGUGGAGUACUACAGAGCUCCAUUUCUUGUAGUGCAGAGCCGUCCUCCUUCAGGAGCUUCACAAAAGAUCAGAACAACUUUGAGAUUGGACCAAAUGGAUUGGAAUUCUGGAAAGUGGAGAGAUGCAGAUAUGCUGGUUUUCAACACAGGACACUGGUGGAAUUAUGAGAAGACAAUAAGAGGGGGUUGUUACUUCCAGGAAGGGGCAGAAGUAAAGAUGGAGAUGAGUGUAGAAGAUGCGUAUCACAGGUCCAUAGAGACUGUGGUGCGAUGGAUAGAUACUGCAGUAGAUCCAAACAGGACUCGGGUUUUCUUUCGAACAUAUGCUCCUGUGCAUUUCAGAGGUGGUGAUUGGAGGAAUGGUGGAGCCUGUCACCUGGAAACAUUGCCUGAGCUAGCCUCUUCAUUGGUGCCUACUGACUCUUGGAGUCAAUACAGGAUAGCCAAUGCUGUGCUAUCAGCUUUGUCAAAUACAUCAAAGGCAAUGAAGUUCAAUGUGUUAAAUGUAACGCAAUUGACUGCUCGGAGAAAAGAUGGACAUUCAUCUUUGUACUAUCUGGGUCCUAAACUUAGCCCUGCCUCUAUUCGCCGGCAAGAUUGCAGCCACUGGUGUCUGCCUGGAGUCCCAGAUACAUGGAAUGAACUACUCUAUGCACUGUUUUUAAAGCAUGAGAGGACUAGUACAGUGAAUGCAUCAACUUAUAGCGCGCCGGUAUGAAUUGGAACAACUCUUUGCUACAAUGAAACGCUUCUGCUUGCACAGCAAUGGUUCUUAGGGAAAAAAGAAUGAAAGAAACAGAUAAAGAUCAAUUUUGUCACGGUUUGGGUUCAGGUUUUUAAUGUUGAUAGAGAGAUCAAUAUUGGGGGUGCUUUGAUUCUUUUGUAGUACAAAAUCUCAGCUCUAGGCUGUAAAUGGGUUGCAGGGGUUUUUAGAAUAAACUUUUAAACUGUAGAGAAAUUUUACAUAGUGCCUUUCCUUUUCUUUUGGGGUUAAAUUAUUAACCACCAUUAUAAUUUCUUUUGGAAGAAAAAUGUAAUUAAAAUAGUUCUGUUUAUAUUUCAAUAUUUACCCCAUCAGUGGAGAACUAUGAGAUUCAUGAGUAAACAUUAAGGAAUUACAGUUGUUUC